GCCCACGAGCCAACGGGAAAAUGACGACCAGGUUCAAGAAGAACCGGAAGAAGCGCGGCCACGUCAGCGCCGGCCACGGCCGCGUUGGCAAGCACCGGAAGCACCCAGGUGGUCGCGGUAACGCUGGUGGCCAGCACCACCACCGCAUUAUGAUGGACAAGUACCACCCUGGCUUCUUCGGCAAGGUUGGUAUGCGCCACUUCCACUACGCGCGGAACAAGUACUUCUGCCCCAUCAUCAACCUGGACAAGCUCUGGACCCUGGUUGGCGAGGAGGCCCGCGAGCAGGCUGCCAAGGACAAGAGCUCUGCGGCCGUCAUUGACGUGACGAAGUACGGCAUCUCGAAGGUGCUGGGCAAGGGCCAGCUGCCUGAGCAGCCCGUUGUGGUGAAGGCCAAGUUCUUCUCUUCUCUGGCUGAGAAGAAGAUCCGCGCCGUGGGCGGUGACUGCAUCCUCACCGCUUAAGUGUGCUCUUGGCUGUGCAAGCAGUUCACGGGCCACUCGCGUGGUGCGUGGCACGGCGCGGCUGUUUCCCUCGCUGGUGACUAGCUUCUGGCGACCUGGACAGCGGCACUUGCGGAGGAAAUGGUUGUAACGUGUUCAUGAUGAGGCUGGAGUUGUCUUUCCCCGAGCUUAAGGGCAGCAUCAGUUGAAGGGGCAGUGUUCAGUGUUCAGCUAUGAACGCAGCACCUCCCGUUAUGGAAGCAAGAGGCAGUGAAGUUGUAGAACCGCCUAGGAAAGCUAAGCAUAGGGGCACAACGGGUAUGUAACAUAAGAACCAAACGCCUUCUUAACGGAUAGUAGCUGCCUUGCAUAAA